AUGGCCAGUCAAAGAAUCCUGGAUGCAGUUGAUUUGAUCAAUAAUCUUUUGAAGACAUUACCGAUGCACCCGAAAACCAUGAGAUGCCAUGGAUUGUUUAUUCCCAGAGAAAUGGUUGGAAGCUUAAGAAAAAAGGCAUUAGAGAACACGCUUCCUAUCCUAGAAAGGAUUAUAGACGACAUCAGAUCUACACAGGAGAAGCAUCGAAGGAUAGAUUCUAACGAGAUAUGCAAUAGAAGGGAAUUUGCAACAAACCAGCUCCGCAAACUGAGACUUUCCAUGGAAAAUGAAUUUGAAGAAAAUAGAGUCAAUGAAAUCAAGAGCCUGCUAAGUGAGAUUGAGUACUACGAGAAAAUUGGAGUGAGACUUAUAGACAAGGUAAGCAUUGGAAAAGAGGUAGCCCUAAACAUAUUCAGAACAUUAUCCCAUAGUAGGGAAGGGCCUACAGACCCAUACAUAGGUGAAUAUCUAAAGAAAAGAGUUAGUUUCUCUCAUGAAUUCCCAUCGGACAUCGAAGUCUCAUCCUUGAAAGCAAUGCUAAGGUUCCUACAAGAGAACAUGGAUUGCAAAUGA